GCAACAUGAGACACGGAGGGGCAUCGUGCCCGGGAUCCAUCCGCUUGGUCGCUUCCGUGCUCGAUCUUUCUCCACAGAGUUUUUGGGUGAGUAUAAGUUCCUAGUUUGGAAUUGAAGCAAUGCCUUCCCAGAAGAUAGAGACAGGUCACCAGGAUGUUGUUCAUGAUGUAUCGAUGGACUACUACGGCAAGCGCCUGGCCACGGCUUCUUCUGAUGCGGCUAUUAAGAUCAUCGGGGUCAGUGGUUCUUCGCACCAGCAUCUUGCAACAUUGACCGGCCACCAAGGUCCAGUGUGGCAGGUCACUUGGGCCCACCCCAAGUUCGGAUCCAUGCUGGCCUCUUGCAGCUAUGAUGGUAGGGUGAUCAUCUGGAAAGAAGGGAGCAAGCCUGACGAGUGGUCUCAGGCUCAUGUUUUCACCGAGCACAAAUCCUCUGUCAAUUCAAUCGCAUGGGCGCCAUACGAGCUUGGCCUCCGCUUGGCAAGUGGUUCCUCGGAUGGGAAUAUAUCGGUCUUCACGGCUCGAACGGAUGGUGGCUGGGAUACCACUAGAAUCGACCAGGCACACCCAGUCGGUGUGACUUCGGUGUCCUGGGCCCCAGCUUUGGCCCCUGGUGCACUUGUUGGUUCAGGCCAGUUUUAUCCUGUCGAAAAGCUCGUCUCUGGUGGCUGUGAUAACACGGUUAAAGUGUGGAAGCUUUACAAUGGUAUAUGGAAGAUGGAUUGUUUUCCUGCACUUCAAAUGCAUGCUGAUUGGGUGAGAGAUGUGGCUUGGGCACCGAAUCUCGGGCUCCCUAAAUCUACCAUUGCAAGUGCUUCGCAGGAUGGCACCGUAGUCAUAUGGACCGUGGCAAAGGAAGGUGAACAGUGGGAGGGUAAAGUUCUGAAUGAUUUUCACAAUCCUGUGUGGAGGGUUUCUUGGUCACUUACGGGGAGUAUAUUGGCUGUGGCUGACGGGAACAACAAUGUCACCUUGUGGAAAGAAGCAGUAGAUGGGGAGUGGCAGCAGGUGAUGACGGUUGAGCCUUAGAUGUUUAUAUUUCUGGUUCAUCAGAUAGCCUGCAAUCACAUUUUGAGGGACAAUAAUGAAGAAUGGUGACUCAAAGAAGGUCUACAAGGCAUUACAGAAACGCAAUUGCUGCAAUGUGAUAGAAUUACCAGAAGAUCUACAAGAGUCAACACCCCUUGAAAGUAUGUUUAAGUGGAUAAUUUGGUUGAAACCCUUUGAUUUUGUUCUUAUUUCUCUUGCCCUGUCCUUUGACUCCUUAUCUUUCAUUUUUGGAACUAUGUUGAAAACAUUCUUUAUCCAAAGAAUUCCUCCUGAAUCAUUAA